AUGUCUGACGAAGAGGACGCCUGGGAUGCGGAUGUCUGGACCGUUGACGUCUCAGUGGAUGUUGUGAGGAGUGAGUUGGGAAAUGCGCUGGUUGACGUAGAGAUGUCUGAAGAAGAGGACGCCUGGGACGCGGAUGUCUGGACUGUUGACGUCUCAGUGGAUGUUGUGAGGAGUGAGUUGGGAAAUGCGCUGGUUGACGUAGAGAUGUCUGAAGAAGAGGACGCCUGGGACGCGGAUGUCUGGACCGUUGACGUCUCAGUAGUGGAUGUCGUGAGGAGCGAGUUGGGAAGCAGGCUGGUCGAUAUAGAGAUGUCUGAAGAGGAUGGCGUCUGA